AUCCGGAAAGAGUAAUAUUAUUUGAAACUGUAUCCAACACCAGCAGUGUAAGUGCAGAAUGGACAAUCAUAGAUGGCGUAGCUGAUUAUUUUGAAGUAAAUUGUUCAGAUGGAAGGCCAGCACAUCAACGAAUGUUGUUUAGUGAUGCCUUUACUGCUACUUGCUCAGGUAUUGAGUCUGGAAGAACAGUAAACAUAAGUGUGACUGCAAUGAGUGGAAGGAAAAGAGGAGAGACAUUGACACUCGCCAUCACAACGUAUCCGGAAAGAGUAAUAUUAUUUGAGACUGUAUCCAACACCAGCAGUAUAAGUGCAGAAUGGACAAUCAUAGAUGGCGUAGCUGAUUAUUUUGAAGUAAAUUGUUCAGAUGGGAGGCCAGUACAUCAACGAACGUUGUUUAGUGAUGCCUUUACUGCUACUUGCUCAAGUAUUGAGUCUGGAAGAACAGUAAACAUAAGUGUGACUGCAGUGAGAGGAAGGAAAAGAGGAGAGACAAUGACACUCGCCAUCACAACAU